ACACUGAGGUGAGAACCAGGGUACCCGAUGCUGGCCGGAGAAUGAGAAAGGCCAACACGCCCGCAGGUCACUUCUCACAUCGCAGAGCCCCCAGAGGCCCGACCAGGACCCGUCCUUGAACCUCCCUCUCUUGGCCCCCGCGUGGGUAAAGAUUCUUCAGAUGUGACAAGACUCAGAACCUAAAGGCAAAGCAGGUUUGGCCACCAGCUGGUAAGGCAGCAUCCUUGACACCCAUCGACGGAAUCAGCGCUCCUGAAACUUCCUGCCGCACCGAGAACGGAAGCAAACGGAAGGCGCGGAUGCCCAGCGAAGCUGCGCCGGGGAAGGACCCUAAGGCGUCCGCUCAGUCUCGGGACCCAGGACCCGGAGGGCAUCUCGGUGGCCCCGCAGGCCUCUCCCCACACCGGGCCAAGACCCUACCAGGCCCCCGCAGCCGAUCCCAUCGGGGGAGGGUCCCCGCGCCCGCCCGCAUCGCCCCGUGCGGCCUUUACCUGUGGCACAGAGCCGCAGGGCGGCCCCGCGUCUCCGAGCUGCCAUGCUCGCCGCAGGGGAGCUGCAAGAGCCAACUCUGCGGAGCGGAGAGAAAGAGACACCGGCGGCCGCCGCCUGCGCUCCCGGAAAGGGAAGCCGGCCGGCCUGGGCGCGGAAGGGAAGCCUGGCGGGGGCGGGGCAGGCCGGCCUCCGCUACCCUCCCAGGACCCCUCCGACCUCCGCCUCUGAGCAUGCGCGGAACUACGGCGCCUGCGCGGAACUGGGACGCCUGCGCGGUCGCAUCCUCAAAGCCUCUGCUUCGGGGACCGCCUCGGGGAUCGUGGGAACCUAGUGUAGGGGCGCUUUCCUGUGGGGCGGAGUGUUGCGUGGGUGUGCGUCAGGGUCGGGGGCGUUUCCGGGAAGUUAAACGCCUGCUAGAGUUUGAGCGGAAGCUGAGGGAGAGUGGCAACGCUUGAGGCUGAAUCCUGCAGUCUCUUUCACCUGCUGCUCUUGAGCAGUUAGCAGUCAAAUUCGUGAAAAGAGUGAACCCAGAAAUAGAGAAGACAUGAAAGAGGAUGAAGAAAUGAAAAUACAUCGAAAGCAUUCAGAAAUCACCAGGAUACAGGCUGAAUCAUACUUCAGGCCCGGGGAGGUGGAAGUCAUUUUAAUCUUGGACCAGUUAAAAGAAUCAACCUGAAAGCAACUUUACUAUGAUCAUAUGACUGAUGGAAGAUGGUUUAUGAACCCCGAAAAAAAUCCAGAACCUUACAUAGACUGUAAACUUCGGGAGGAUUAUAUGGGCUGGAGUGCCCUGUGAUACACUGCAGACCACUAGGGAUACAAUGUUCUUUUUCUCCAACCUCCAUUAUUAGACUAGACAAGAGGCCUAAUGCCUAAUAGGCCUACUUGCUUUUGGAAAAAUCAUAUCCCCCACUUAAAGACACUAUUGGGCCUAAUUAAUUUACAUCACCUGGGAAAAGGUCAUUUUUGGUUAGAAGCUUGAACAACACAAGCCUUCUUGAAACUGCAGAGUCUGUAGCUCAGACUAUCCUGUGUGGACCGUAAUGGACUGAAUUGUGUUGGAGCUUUAAAUUCAUAUGUUGGAGUGCUAAUGCCCAAUCUGAUGGUAUUUUGAGGUGGGUGUUUGUGAGGCAGUUAGGUUUAAAUGAGAUCACAGCAGGCACAUGAUGGGGUUAGUGUCCUUAUAAGAUCAGGAAGAGACCAGAACUCAUGCUCUGUCUCUCCACCACGGGAGGAUUCAGAGAGAAGACAGCCACCUGCAAGCCAGGAGGAGGGCCAUACCAAAGCUCAACCAUGCUGCUCUCCAAUGUUGGGUUUCCAGCCUCCAGAAUUGUAAAUCUUUGUUGCUUAAGCCACCCAGUUGGUGGUAUUUUGUUACAGCAGCCUGAACUGACUGAAGUAGCUGGUUUCACAGGUUCUCAUCUGGAGAGGAAUUUACCUCAAGAUGAAUCAUACCUCACAUCUCACCACGUCUAAUUUAGAUGAGACUUUGGACUUAUUUAGAGUUGAUGCUGGAAAGAGUUAGGAUUUGGGGGGCUGUUGGGAUGGGUGAAUGUAUUUUGCAUGCAAGAAGGACAUGAAUUUGGGGGAUCCAGAGGCAUAAUGUUAUAAACUGAAUGUUUGUGCCCCCCUGUAAAUUCAUAUGUUGAAGCCCUAACUCCUAAUGUGAUGGUAUUUGGACAUAGGGUCUUUGGGAGAUAAUUAGGUUUAGAUGAGGUCAUGGGGUGGGUGGGGCCCCCAUGUUGGGAUUAGUGUUCUUAUAGGAAGAGGAAGAGACAGGAGAGCUCUCUUUCCCCCAUAUGAGGAAGCCACUUGCCUGCCAGGAAGAGAGCUUUCAUCAGAAACUGACCAUGCUGGCACCCUCA